UAUAUACAUAUACAGAGAGAAAGAAGAGCAUGCACAUUCACUUCCCCUUCCAAGUCAUUAACAGUUCCAAAGGCUGAUGGCUUACUACGGUCAAAAUCCUCCCAUGUCUGGGCCUCCUCCUCCUCCCAUGGGGUAUCCUCCACCAGGUUAUCAAGGACCUCCUCCUCCGCAACCUCAAGCUUUUGCCACCCAGGCUCCGCCGGCGCAAGGACAGGCGGCUUCAGGAGCUGCUACCGGUGCAAUGGCGGGAUGCCUUGGCGCGUUGGGUUGCCUUUGUUGUCUAGAAUUGUGCUGCUGCAUGGAGUGCUUGGAUGCGUGUUGUUGAUCUUCAUCAAUCAAUCUUUCCUUUUUCUCUUUUAACUUAUAUGUGGAACUUUAAAUUUUGGUGUUCUUCUCUCCUUUUAAAAUAGAAUUCAGUAUUUGCAACCUUUAAUUUUCUUCUUCACUUUUAGUUUGAC